UGUAGAAGCACAUGAAUUUGGUUGUUUUCAAUGUGAUUUUCUUCAUGGUUCAAAAUGUGUAAAGCUUCUAACGGUAAAUCGAAAGAAGAGCUUCUUUCUGUUGCUCAAGAAAUUGCUUUUGCUAAAGCCCUAGCUUCUAAUGACAAAUCAUUGAGGGAUAGAGCUUUAAAAAAGCUAAAAAGAUGGUUUUCGAUGAAGUCUACUCAGGAAUCUCCUGGCAUCAGAUUCACUGAAGAAGGCUUCAUGAGAAUUUGGAAGGGCUUGUUUUAUUGUGUUUGGAUGUCUGACAAGCCUCUUGUUCAGGAAGAAUGUGUUGAAAAUAUAAGUAACCUUAUCCACUGCUUCAUGGAGCUUGAGGAUGUUCAAAAAUUUAUCAGAUGUUUUUUUCAAAGCAUAUCUCAAGCCUGGUUUGGUCUCGACAGCCAUCGUUUGGACAAAUACUUAAUGCUUGUUCGGCGUUUCUUGAGGCAAAUGUUGGAAUACCUUUAUAAGGAGAAUUGGGAAUCUGGAAAAGUGGAAGCUAUAAGUAAAGAUCUUUAUAAGUCUCUUGUCUUGGCCCCUAUAGGUUUAAACCUUCAUUUAUCAGAAAUUUAUUUAGAAGAAUUAGCAAAGGUUGGUAGAGGAGAAUUGAAUCCUUCCACUGUACUGGAAAUGAUAAAGCCUUUUGCAGAUUUUAUGCAACUUUCUAGUGAUUCAAGAUUAAUGAAAUCUUUAACUAAUUCUUUAUUCCUUCAAUUGUUGAGGCAGUCUGAAGAAGGUAUCAAACAUCAAGCCAAGUUUGAAGUAUGGAGGCAGAUGGGAUUCCCUGAAGGAGAUAUAGAUGUUAUACAAGAAGCCAGUGAUGAAGAAUUGGCUGUUGAAGAUGUUGAGCAUGAUGGAAGUGAAGAUGAAGGUGAUGGUAACCUAGAUCCAAGAGCAGGGAAAGUUGAUGUUUAUCUUCCACCUAUAGAUUUUGAUGCAGAAAGCAUAAGACAUUACCUUUUGGAAGUUGCCAAGCGGAAAGAUUGCACAACCAAAGCUAGGAGAACAAUCAAUCAGUUGUCUAAGAAAUUUGAAAUUUAUACUCAAGGCAAAUAUCCUCUGGGAAUCCAUAAAAUAGAAUUACCUGAACCAGAAGAUGAAGAAGAAAUCAUAGAGAAGACAGCAGAAAAUUUAUUAGCUGAAGAAAAAGCAGCUUACUCGGAAGGUAAACCAGGGAAAAAAUCUACUUUAGACAUAGGCUGGAGGGUAAGCCCACUUGAAAACCAAAAUUUAACUCAAAAUUCUAAAAUAAAAAAGAUACCUCCAGGUAGUGUUGGGAACUGGGAAGUUGAAAAUAUGUCAAAGAAAAGAAAAGUUCAAUGUGAUAAUCUUGUUGCAACCAUGAAAAGGAUAAAAGUAACUUUAGAUGAAAGCUUAGUAGUUCCAAUGAAUAAUGUUGAAAACAUGGAAACAGUUGAAGCAGUUCCUUGUAAUGUUGAAAAAGAAAAGAACAUUGAUCCAAAAAGCCAAAGAGCAUCAAUGAAGAGAAAGAAAAAAAAGCAGCCAGAUGUUAAAAGCAUUAAUAAUAUCGAAUUUAGUAAUUUAAAUAUAAAUGAUACUGACAUUAAUGAACGGGAAUCAGAUUCCUCUCCAGUUCCUGAACAAACAAGAACAAAAAAGAAAACUGACAAGAGUCCUAAUGAUUGGGGUUUUGAAAAUGAUUGGGACAUGUCCACAGAAAAUGAAGUAAAUACUACACCAGUUCCUAGUAGUCUUGUGGAGGUGAAUGUUGAAUAUAACCCAUCAGAAAAGAAAGACUCAAAUUUUGGAUCAAAAAUGUCACCUUCUAAAAAUGUUGCCAUUAAUACAAUGUUAAAUAGGUCAAAAAAAGUAUCAUUUCAUCUCAAUCGAAAUACUGCACAAGAAGAAAAAGAGUACAAAAUGUCACUGAAGAACAGUCCUAGUGUACCAUUUGAUGCUGAGAAAAAACCUAGACACAGUGUUCUCAAAUCACCUUCUGUUUUCAACCCAAUAAAUCCGUUUUCACGAUGACUACAUUCGUUGUUAAAUUGGCAAAUAUUUUUUGUUUAUAUAUUGUUUUAUUUCCAAAUUUUUGUUCUUUCAUAUCAAUACAAGGCUGAGUGGAAUAUGUCAAGUUUGUGUAUAAAAACAAGGUGAUAAAUAUCAGCCACUUUAUUCAUUUCAUUUAUAACAUAUCUAUUCUAUAUGAUUAUUCAGUUAUUUGUAGAUUUAUUUUUAUUUUACUUAAGUCAUUUUCUAAUUAAAUUUCAGAUUGUGAUAAUUUAGAAAUUAAACUUGAUCAUUUGUUUUUGUCUUGACUUUUUUAAUUUCUAAUUAAAAAUUAGAUGUGAUUUUUAUGGAAUACUGUGUAUUACAUAUUUAAAAAUAAGGAAUUUUAUUUUUCCCACAGAUAUGUAUACACCUAGAUAUAUAGAUUAUAAAUAUUUCUUUGUUAUUCCAUUUUCAUUUAGUUUUUUUUUUCCUUUAUAAAUAAAUUUGUAAAUAUACCAGCCAUUAUUUUGUGGUAUUUUCAUAAAUUUAAAAAUAUGUUAUAUAAUCUCACAAGACUUUUAUAUCUCAUCUAAAUGUUAUAUGUAUUUUAUGGAACUGUG